UUUAAUUCUAUUAAUUUAUCCAAAAAAAUUUAAACACAAAUAUCCAUCAACAAUGAAUUCAUUCAUGGGAUUUUUAUUAUUAUGCGUUGUUGCUGCAGUAUAUGCAUCACAUGGGGAAGAACAUGUCGAUUAUUUUGCCCCAGCACAUUACAACUUUGAUUAUGCCGUAAAAGACCCACAUACUGGUGAUAAUAAACAUCAAUGGGAAAAACGUCAUGGUGACCAUGUUGAAGGUGAAUACACUUUACAUGAAGCUGAUGGUACCAUUCGUGUUGUCCACUACGUUGCUGACCCACACAAAGGUUUCAACGCUGAAGUAAAACGUAUUGGUCACGCUCAACAUCCACAACAUUACAAAACUUAUGACGAAGGACAUCACUACUGAUUUUGUUGAAUUUUUUUGAAAAUAUGUGAUUUGUUUUCUAUUUUGUA